AUUAAAUUUGCUCACAUAAAAUGUUUAAUUUAAUAAAAUUUCUAACGGUAUAUAGUAAAAGUGUGAUAAAACUGCAUAUAUAUAUAGUAUAGAGAUUCAAGAGAGUGUGGACAGGACAUCAACGUAUAUUAUAAGAUAAAACCGGCUGUUGCGUGAAUGGGUAAUUGUUUAUAAUUGGCGUGCGAUGAGGUUAAGUUGCUAUACCGCGAAGAAGGCGGUUUCUAGGUUGGACACCUCUUGGUUUCUGUUUGAAGAGAAAAAAAUACGGCCUGUAUAGCAGUCGAGCCAUGACAGAAUAGAGAGCACAUAUGUAUAACCAUCAGCAUUAAGCUGGAGCCUUGUUGCAUUCUAUAUACAUUUUUACGUAUAGCUGCGAUCAAUGACGGGAUGAGUAUGCAGAAAACAUGUGGAAAAAAAACAGGAAAAAAAAAUUUCUAUCAAUACACACGAACAUGGCAAUGGAAAUAAAAGCCAAUAUUACCGGUAUGAGGAAUAGAAGCAUCCCCCGCAACUUUUGGUAGCAAAAUAUUUUCUGAAAGCACUGAUUUUUCGAAUAAAUUAGAAAAUCAGUGCCCAAAAAAUGAAGAGAGGGACCAACAGAGAGAAAGAGAGAGGCGAAUGAAGAAAGAGGGCAAGAGAAUGGUCAGAACAACAUCAGGGAAUAAGGUGAAGCAUAUAUUGGCAAGACAGAGAGAUUGUGUAGUGGGAUUGGUAAAGCUAUCUGGAUACCAAGUCGAAACUUUCAGUGACAGUAACCAAGAAGACAUCAUGACGCGAUCAUCUCCACCUUCAAUUAGGUGCUGCUCUCUUGGUCUAGUCAUUGCACUGUUCCUCGUCUUCGUUGCACAGGUUUGCAACGCGGCUUAUUAUGGAAAGUUAUUAGGGAGAUUAUCUGAACUUCACCAUGGAGUCAGUGGUGAAAUCUAUGCUGUAGAUGGAAGAACCCUCUUCAUCAAAGGCUUCAAUUAUGAUGGAGAAGGUCCCGCUGCAUUUUUCUACGCUGGAAGCUCAAAAUCUCCUGGUAAUAAUGGAUUCAGGGUUCGGGACGAACGAGGAACGACUAACGUUCUAAAGCGGUACAGAAAUAAGGACAUCACUUUAACGCUUCCGGAAGGAAAGACCUUGAACAACAUUAAGUGGUUUUCCGUAUAUUGUGACGAAUUCGCAGUAAAUUUCGGUGACAUCAAAAUUCCACGCAGUUUUGAUUAUCCAAAACCACAAAAAUUAGGAAGUCUAAAUGGUAUUCAUGGAGUUAAUUCAGAACCAGUGGUGAUUGUUGAUGCUCAAACCCUUCUAAUUCCAAGUUUCAGUUACGAUGGCGAAGCACCAGAUGCGAAAUUCUGGACCGGAAGUGGACCACAUCCCUCGCCUCAAGGAAUUAAAGUGCCUGAUGAAAAUGGAAAAAUUCAACCACUACGACGUUACGAUCAUAAAACGGUUGUUUUAACAUUACCAGGAGAUUUAACGGUGCAUCAGCUUGGACAUUUUGGCGUUUGGUGUGAGGCUUUUGCUGUUGAUUUUGGUCACGUGCAAAUUCCUCAGAGUCUCAACGUGCCACCCUCUCUUAAGAUGCUUGGAGUUUCUCCUCAGUCGAAACUCAACUGCGAAGUUCUCGAGGACAGUCUUGCUUUUGAAGUUCGAUGGGCCGUUGCUGGGGACAGUAUAGUCAUUCAACUUGUCGGCAAGCUGGAGGAUGGACAGUACAUGUCAUUUGGUCUGUCUGGAGAAUUAGAAAAAAGUGUAAUGAUUGGAGCUGAUGUUGUGGUUGCCUGGGUGGAUAAACAAACUCUUCAAGGUUAUGCAAUUGAUUACUUCUUAGACGCCAAAUCUCAAUGUUCUGGAGGACGUGGAAGUUGUCCAGACACUCGAAUUCAAGAUGACACAAAUUCAGUGAGACUUUUGAAUGCAGCGAUGGUGAAUGGCUAUAGUAUUGUAACGUAUCAAAGACCCUUGAAGGCCAACGAUGAAUUAGAUCGUCAAAUUAAGACUAAUGGAUCUCAAGCGAUCAUCUGGGCAGUGGGUCCACUCAAUGAGAGAAAUGAGGUCAGCUUUCAUAGCGAUUACUUGAAAACUGAUCGAUUCAUCGAAUUUGGAAGACCACCUGUCUGGAAUUGUCCCAUGCCCGAUCAGGAACCAUCUCGAACAUACGAUGAAGAUAUUGAUAAAAGCUCUUCGAAUCAGGAACUCACAGCAACCACAAGAAGACCACGACCGCCUGCAACUCCAGCUCCAGCGCCAAAAACAGACGCAUGGUUGAUUCCUGAUAUCCAGUGCUACGAACCGGAAGACGGUGUCUUCUAUGCUCAAAUGGGCCCCACUGGCGGAAAACACGGUUACCCAGCAAUCACAGGACACGUUGGAUGGGGAAUAUCGUGGUACAUCAAUGGACUUUUAAUUCCCGUGAUUCAUGUGGUUAGAGGUAAAAAAUAUAAUUUCGUUGUUGAAGGAGGUCAAGAUCCAAAUAUACCCGCUCGCUAUCAUCCAUUCUACAUCACUGAUGAUCCAGUCGGUGGUUAUUUACACAAAACACCAGAGGAAAGAGCGAAAGUGAAAAUCUUCGCUGGUGUUCGACGACAAAGAGGAACAGUUAGGCCAACAGGAGUAGGUCGACUCUGCAAUUGGGUUCCCGAUCAAAAUUCACCACUAGCCGAUGAUUUUGCUUCAUUUGGCGCCUAUCAACGAACUCUAGCGCUUGAAUGUGAUUCAGGUGAACCUGGAAUUGUACAAUGGACACCUGACGAAAAUACACCUGACACUGUUUACUAUCAGUGCUUCACUCAUCGCUAUCUGGGUUGGAAGAUCCAAGUGCACGACUCAUGCGACACAAAUGCAGCGGCAGCAGCGAGCGAGAUUCGAGAAACAUUCGCCGAUCCUGAUGAAGCUGAGCCGGAAAUGGAUGGCGAUCUCAAUAGUGGUGCCAGUAUUCGAGUCACGAGCAAGGUAACACCAGCGCCAGAAUUCUUCAAAGAACAUCAAGAAUACGAUGGUCAAGCGUAUGGUCAUCGUCAUUAUACGCAUCAUUCAGCGACUAACCCAAGCAAUUUAGGUUCACACAUCAAGCAACUAACACGAACGCAUGUGCCCUAUGAUCAUCGUGAUAAUUACGAGCGCUUCCAGUUACCAUCAUCAUCAUCAUCAUCAUCAUAUGCGAAUCAUGGCCUAAAAUCAACGUACACUCCUUCCAAUCUUAUGAAUAUGCCUCAUUCAAAAGACAUUCGUCAUUCCUUUACUUAUUCACAUUUAAAAGAUGAACCCUUUCCCCCACCAUCGGAACCAAUAAUUCCACCUCCUGUCUUUAAUCAUCCAAUCAUGGAAUCCGAACAGGAGAUUCUUUCCUCUAACCAACAAUCUAAACUCAUUCCAGAUUCAAAACCCGGCACAUUCAUGAGCUUUGGACCCGUGAAAUAUUCCUAUCCCCAUCAGGAAACAUCACAGCCGCAGACCAUUCUUUUCACCAGAACACCACAACACAUCUUUCAUCAUCAGCCACCGAGAACGCAACUGAUGAUUUUUCGAAGACCACCACAACAAAUGCGUCGACCAAUGCCACCUCCUCCUCCUCCUCCAAUGAUGACAAUGCCAUCUUCAAUGAUGUCCCGUCCGCCAGUAUUUAUCGAGAGAAAAAAAUCCGUCUACAAAAGUAAUAAACUAAUGAAUCCUCAGGUAACAAAAUUGAUGAAAAUCGCCAAAUUGGAAGCCAAAGUUUCUGAAAUUGAUCAAUCCAGUAUUUCCAUGAAGCCAGCGAGAAAUACUGGUUUCAAUCCCGAUUCAAUUGUCAUCGAAGGUGGUUUCAAGCCAAUUUUGAAAAAUAUCGAAUCACUUGGUGCACAGGAUCGCAAUUCUGAUGAUCAAAUUUCCGAAUUUCGAGAAAAUUUCGAACCAAUGUUCAUUCCAUCGCCUCUCGAUCGUGAUGUUAAUAAUAAAAAAGGAAAGAAAAAAAUAAUACAAAAUCGUUCCAAAGUGAGAGUUGACGACGACAUGGAAAUGGCUGCCGAUCGUUUAGAUUCCUAUUAUUUGCCACCGAAUCAUUCACCUGAUGAACAAACAUUGAUUACAUUCGACGGAAAACGUGUUAAGGAUUCCAAUCUUGCGCGUUCAAUUCCAAAAUCAAAUAGCGAACGUCCGAGAAAAAAAUUAAAUUCCGAUCUACUUAGUCGAACACCACAAUUUGGACGAUUUAGAGGCGAUCUACCACCAACGCUCGUAUCGGGUGAAGUUCGAAAUGACGAUUUUGCACAAUUAGAACGUAGACGUGUUAAGACAAAAGAGAUUUCAAUUCCAGAAUUAACUUCAAUUACACACAAUAAUAAUCAUCAUUUGGGAAAUACAAAAUUAACAUUAAUUGACAGAACAAAAAGAUCAACGAAUGAGGAGAGAAAUAUGUCCAAUUUGGGAAUUAAUCAUGAUCACAAUGGACACACAUAUGAUCAUACUGGUUAUGUUCAAGAUCACGAGGAAUAUGUUCAUCAUAGUGAUCACAAUAAUCACGAUCAUAGUAAUCAUGAUCACAGCAAUCAUGAUCAUAACAGUAAUCAUAAUUCGGAUCACGAUAAACAUAAUCAUGAUCAUAAUGAUGGAAGUUCAACUUUGGCGAGCACUGGACAAGUGAUUAUUGCCAAUAUUGAAUACAUUGUUUUAACAGCCAUUUUAUAUUAUAUCAUUUGAUGAUUCAAUUUUUAAUAUCAUCGAAAAAAAAGAAAUUUUCUUUUUUUUUUGAUGAUAAUUUUAUUAGUCAUGAGAUUUGACGAUUCAAUUAGAGAUGAUUAGGUGAAAUUUAUCAAGUUUUUCUUGUAGAAACUUUCUUGAUACUUUGACUAUAAAUGUCUUCCAUGGAUCUAAAGCCAAAAUGAUGGGAUUGUGAAGAUUGAACGUACCGGCAAGAAUCAUUCUUUUCUUUUUUAUGAUCUUAUAUUUUUUUCGUUAAAAUCAAAAAAAAAAAAAAAAUCACUUUCAUGACAAAAGUUUCGGAUUUCAAUCAGUUUUGGUAAAUUUUUAUAACAAAAAAAUUCUUUUUGGAUCAUUCCGAAUCAAUUAGUUUUAUUUCAAAGAAUAAUUUUAAUUAUUUUGAAUUCUGAAUCAAAUUUUAUUUCGAAUCAAUCCGAAGCUAAAUUUUAAACCUUUUAAAUUAUGAAAUUUUAUUCCGAAUCAAUUUGUUUCAUUUCAAAGCUUAAUUUUUUUUUCUUUUUUUUUUGUUAAAUAUUACAGCCCAUUAUUACAAGAACUUUAAUUUUUUUAAAUCCUGAAAUUUCAUUUUGUAUCAAUACUACAGGCCUCGGAUGUUACGACUUUUUCCGACUUUUUUUUCGAAAAUAAAACUUUUUUCGACUUAUUUUUAUUAUUACAUUUAAGAUAUUAUAAGAUAUUACAUUUUUUACAAAAUACGUUUUUUUAGAAUACAAUGAAGAUCUUUUUCAAAACUUCUUUAUUUCAAUUAUUUAAUAAAUAUAAUUCUUCUUUGAAUUAAUUAUUUUCAAUAAUUUCAAAUGAAAUUCUUCAUAAAUUCACUUAUCUUAAACUAUUUUUCAAGCAAAAAUUUUAUGAAAUUCAAUAAUUGUUUAAAAUUAAAAAAAAAAUCACCAAAUAAAAUUACCAAAAAUUUCAAUUC